UUUUUUAAAAUAGAAUAUAUAUAUAUAUAGGUACAGUAAUUAAAAUAACCUCAUUUGUUGCAUUUGAAUCUCUCUCAUAUAAUUCCCGCCAUCCUUUCCAAUCUCCAAGAAAACAUCAAACAUAGAAACUUGAUCAAAUUCUUCAAUUUCUGCAAAUUAAAUUAACCAUUAUUCCUCUCCUUCUCUCAUUUCCAAUGAAACCCUCCAUCCUCCUUCACCCUAAUAAUCAGCCAAUCACCACCCCAAAGCUUUCUCUCUCUUGUCCGAUCCUUGACCGCUUUCUUUCCGGCGGCAUUCCUUGUAAAUCCAUCACUGAAAUCGUUGCCGAAAGCGGUUCCGGCAAAACCCAACUCUGCCUUCAGCUCCUCCUCUCUGCCCAACUCCCCGUCACGCUCGGCGGCUUCUCUGCUUCAUCUCUCUAUCUAUACACCGAAUUCCCCUUUCCCGAUCGCCGGCUCCGGCAGCUUUCUCUCUCUUUCGUCGAUUCUUACAAUACCCAUUUGGGUUCUACAUCGUAUGAUCCCUUGGAUAAGGUUUUAGUUCAGGCGGUUGAUGAUGCACACCACCUGUUCGACGUUUUGCUCAAGUUAGAUUCUUUUCUUGUUCGAAGGAAUAAGACCCAAUGGCCGAUUAAGCUGAUUAUCAUUGAUUCGAUUGCUGCCGUUUUCAGGUCUGAUUUUGAUAACACCCCUGCUGAUCUUAAGCGGAGGUUGUCUUUCUUUUUUAAGAUUGCUGGGAAAUUGAGAGCACUAGCUGAAAAGUUUGGGUUGGCAGUGGUAAUAACCAAUCAAGUGGUUGAUUUUGUGGGGAAUAAUGAAGGGAUUAAUGGGUUGAGGAUAGGGAAUUUGGCGUGUUUGUAUACUUCCGGGAGACGGGUUUGUCCGGCUUUGGGUUUAUCUUGGGCUAAUUGUGUUAAUACAAGGUUGUUUAUAUCGAGAAGUGAGGAGGUUGUAGGUGAGGGGAGUGGAUUUGUUGAGGAAGAUGGGAAGUAUUCUGUUAAUAUGCGUAAUAGAAGACAUAUCCAUGUUGUUUUCGCGCCUCAUUUACCACCGUCUUCGUGUGAAUUCACAAUCCGAAGGGAAGGGGUUUUCGGGGUUGAAAGUAGAGAUCAGUUUGUUGCAAAUAGUAGUCAUCGAUAGAGAUAAGAGUGCUGUUGAUCUAGUAUGUGUUGUGAUGAUCUCAUCUUGUAAAUAGUGGGAUGUAACCCAGAACAUUAGUUCCUUACGAGUAAUUAGCUUUAAUUUAGUGUCAGUAGUGAGUUGUUUGUUCAUAGCAAAUGUUUAAAGGCAAAUUACUGCCAUGUUUUCUCGACAUUUUUUUUGCUGAUAGUCUUCUGAGCGUCGCCUGUGUUGUCCAGGGAAUGUACUCAUCCAGUAAGAUGUUUCCAGAGCGCCAUUGCUUGGACUGGUGUUAUUCUAGGCAGAGUUGUUUGUGAUGUUUAUGGGGAUUCUUCUAUUGGCCAUUUGGCCCUGAAGGUCAUGUUCUUCAAGGGGCCGAGUUAGCUGCUCUGUGCAUAACUAAAUCUGAGAAGGUUGUGAACAUUAGGCAAUCACAGAUUGAUACAGUUGCAGAAACA